CAUUACGUCGAUCACUUCAUGAUGAUACGAUCUCCAUCAAAUAAUUAAGAAAAUCAUAAUUAAAGGAUUAUUAAAAGGAUUGACUGAUGGGAGUUGAUAAAUAUCGCAUAAAUGACGCGAGUAUAGCGAGGAGGCAUUAAAUAAACCUGGAAUACAGCGAACUGUUAUUUUCGGCAGUUUUCUAUUAACCUCGAGAAGUCUCGGGUGUUAACGGCGCAACCUUAAAGGAUUCGUUUUUCAUUCUAAUGCGACAGUCCUGAUUAAAUUACCCAUUGAUUAUAGAGAAAUGUCUGCACUCCACGAAGGAUGCUAGUGAGAUUUAGGAGCAUUUUUCGGACUUUUAAAUGCCAUUGAAAUGCGAAAUAAGAAGGAAACGUUUGGCUCCGAGCAGUGUCCCAAAAGAUGCAAAUCAUUGUCUGGACUAUGACUUUACUGGGAAUAUGUGUAGCCACGCUCAUUCUUACAGCAGCUGGUUCCAUUCAAAGUGAAAAAGAUCCCUGCCUACCGGAACACCACAGCAUUAUCGAUGACUUCCGAAGAAGUACGAAGUACCGAUCGAAGGCGAGCGACCGGCGGCUCUGCGACAAUAGCCUCUCCCCGGGGUGGUACCGAUUCAAAAUCAAUGGGACGGACGCUGACAUGCCAACCAAAUGUGUUAAGGUAAAACGAUGUGGAACAGCCGCUCCAAUAUGGCUCUCCAUACCAAAAGAAGGCAUGCCAAUCCCAGGAGCCACCAAAAGCGGAAGUGCCUGUGUCACGUGGGCCCCAAGAGGAGAACGUCCGGAAUGUUGUCCAAUCAAAUUUCCAGUAGAAGUCAAGAACUGCAUCAAUUUCUUUGUUUACAAGUUAACAAGUACAGGGGGUUGUGAUCUAGCUUACUGUGCCGAAGUUCCAAAAAAGACUUGCUCAACUGGACAAGUGUACAUACGCCAUUUAAAGAAAUGUAUAGACUACAACGUCAGAACCAGCAAGCCGUCCCUUCAAGUGAGCGUGUCCAGAAAGAACGCCAUGAUAACGUGUACCUUUCGCGUUCUCAAUAAACUGAUUGCAAUGACGUCACCAACCUUCUACAUAGCUUGGUACAGAAAAGAGCGCGGGCUUUCUCUGAUUAAAUCUACUUUUACCAGAAAAACGAAAGACUCCAUAGUUAUCGGGGAACAUGCUUUUUCGGGCGAUACGGUGAUAUGUAGCGUUGAGGAGAUUUAUCAAAUGAGAGACAAGAAAAGCCGAAAAAGUAGACCCUAUUUCAUCGGUAUCAAGCUUUUACGAAAGAAAAUAGUUCUUCGAGAAGACAGGCCGGUAGCAAACGUAUCCCUAAUAUCAACAGUACCUAUAGUAUGUGACAAUAACACCCACACAUGUGGCAUCACUAUUAGGCUCUCCCUGCAAACACCAGGCGACAUUUCUCCUGAAAUCACAUUUGAGAAAUGUGUCAUCCACUUUGGAAUGGGUUGGAAGUGUCGGAAGAAUAUCUGCCAGGAACAGACCUUUCAGGUGGCAAUGGCCCCAAAUCUGAAACAUUUUCCAAAACAGAAGCUCUUCGUCAAUGGCCAGAUUACGACAACAAAACUUUCGUCAUGGAAACAGAAUCAAAUUAAGUUUAAGAUGAAGGUUGUUGACUUUCCACCUGCUAGCUGUUACAUCUUGAGUGGUGUACACGUUCUCUCAUUUGCCGGCAGAGUUCAAAGGUUACAGGAGAGGGGAUCUUUUAUCCUCCUGAGCAGUGAAGAGACGACCUUAAAGGUUCAUAUCCAGACGAUGAAGAACCCGCAUCAUGAUAUUUUCAGUCUUUGUGGUCUUGCCCUACGGUAUGAGGGCGUAACUGUUACUAUAAAUAGAUGUUCCGAAAGUCUGUGGAACAAACGCUUUACCUUACAGUACCAAGGACUGCAACAUAACUCAAGAAUAAAAAUUUUUGAAGCUCGUAAUGGAAAUUUAUUAACGAUUUAUAUUCAUGACCUCGUGCAUAUUCGUAUUGAUAUUAACUCAUUAGAUAUAUCGGCAUCCGUCCAUGUUUCUGGUUUCCAUAGCAAUAAAGUUGAAGGUUUAUGUGGAACCAUUGUCCGCAAGAAAAAUAAGAACGCUGUAUCCACGGUAACCGAUGGUUAUGGUGUAAGGGUUUGGAGAGUGCAGCCCCACCAGAGUCUGUUCCAAACGUCCCCUUCAUAUCCAUAUGAAAGAAUACAAGCUUCAUUUCCAAAGUGUGAAUGCUCACCCACGAAAUCAUCAAAUUCAUGCACUGAAAUCAAAAACAAAAGUGAAUUCUAUUCUUUUAUUUAUCAAAAAGACAUCACAUCGGAAUUUUAUGUGACAAAAAAGAAUCCGAUAAUCACAAAAACCUACAACAUAUCAGCCAAAAGUGAUAUUAGAGAUAAUCGUGUAUCGAAACCAAGUGAAGCCAGACAGCAGUGCAAAGAGGUCAUUCGUGAUUCUGACCUUUUCCGUAAAUGCGUUCCUCUAAGAGGUAGUAUUUUGACGGAUAUCGUCGUAAUUUGUGAGAAAAUUGCAAUAGUACAAGAAAAAUCCGUCUGGAUACCCAUUGUGUUGCGUUUGAUGGAAAAUGUUUGCAAUUUUGCUUAUACAUCAAACACUUCAUUGUCUGAUCGGAAUGUUACUUCUGGCAUCGAUCAAGUGACAAAGAUUAAGGAUUUGUUUCGAUGUCCAGAAAAGUGUUUCGAACACGGAAUUUGUACUAGAGGCGGAUGUGAGUGCUUCAAAGGAUACUCAGGUGUAGAGUGUCUGAACAAGGCAGUUGUCCCAACAAAUGACGGUUCCAGCCAAUCAACAGAGGUGCGGACCGUGAAACCUACCUCAGAUGAAAUUUUAACCUCAACAAGUCCAUCCGAAGCGCAAAACGCUAAUCCAACCAAAGCUGAAGAACAAACAACAAAGGAGCAAACAACUACCAGCACCACCACAACUAGAAUCACAACUACCGCCACAACAUCAACUUCAAGAACAACGACGACAACAACAACAAAGCAAACACCAACACCAACCACAACGAAAAUAACAACUACAACUGUUAGCCCAACAACAACAACCACUUUAAAAACAACUUCGACUGCUAGACCAACAACAUUGAAAUCAACAACAGUCUCAAAGCAAACCACACCAGCACCAGCUUCACCACCAACAACCGCUCGCCGCAAGAUCCCCAUGUUUGUGUCUUGUGACACAAGAUCGUCUGGUUGCAAUUUCGUUUACCUCAGAAUCGGACGUAACCAGUAUCCAGUUUCAUGUCGUGUAACAAACGUUAAGUUCAACAAUAAAAAAUGGAUACAAAGGCAGCAACCUAUGUUUGUCAACAUACGGUACGUCACCCCGACGCUUGCUGAAUGUCUACUUAAUACUUCCGUAACAGUCCCAACUGAUGGCGAUCCCGUGUUUAAAGUGGAGGUUUUGGACGCUGGUAAUGAGGUUCUCUCAGAUAAAUUGUUUUCCAAAGUGAAUAAACAGUGCCAGAGCUGUUCGUAUUGGCGGGGUUGCCGAAUAAGGCGUAACUUUUGUGUGAUGGAUGGGAAGUGUUAUAUGCACAAAGAUAAAAACCCUUCAAAUAAAUGCGAAGUUUGCUUAGUGUCUUCAUCUAGAAAUCAAUGGACAAAGAGUGAAGUAGAUAACCUUCCCCCAAUUCUACAAAGAGACCCUUACGAGUUCUCGGUCGUGGAGGGAGACACCAUUAAUAGUAAGAUUAUGGCCUAUGACCCAGAAGGGUCUGAAUUAACGUACAAAAUAAACAGCACCAAAGCCACCGUGCAGCAGGAAGGGAGAUUCUUCUAUAAGACGAAAGUUUCCUCCCUUGGAAGAGAUGGGUACUUCGAAUACUUCAACAUUUCCAUAACAGACGAAUGUGAUUUGCAGUCCUCUAUAAUUGUGAAGGUGGCAGUGAACAUGUGCAACUGUCGAAAUAACGGAACCUGUAUUGCAAAAGAUAUUGCAAAACCAAACCAAGCAAGAGUUGCUGAAUGUAACUGUCAACAUCCAUUCUCAGGCUCCCUAUGUGAGAGGUCGCCAGACUUCUGUGCCACCCGACCGUGCUUCCCUGGCGUCCAGUGCACGAACCUGAAUACCUCCUACAGAUGCGGUCGCUGUCCCCCCGGCCAUGCUGGAAACGGCGCUAUCUGUAGACCGUCGUGUAGUUCUUCACCCUGCUUUGAAAAUGUUACUUGCACUAAUGAUCUUUAUGGGGAGAAGGGAUUUAGAUGUGGAUAUUGCCCUCGAUUUUACAGAGGGGACGGUGUACGGUGCAAUAGAACAGAUUUAGAUGCAUGUAAAUAUGGUGUAUGUCCUAGAGAAGGCAGGUGCGAGAACAUUGCGCAGUUUCCGGGAUAUCGAUGCUCAUCGUGUCCACGGGGUUACCAAGGAGACGGCAUCAAAUGCUCAGCACCUUGCAGAAUGAAUUGCCAGAAUGGUGGAUCAUGUAUAAAUGGCAACAAAUGCUCAUGUAAGCCGGGUUAUGGUGGUGUAUCAUGUGAAAAAGAGACUUGUUCGGUAAGAUGCUUGAAUGGGGGUCAGUGUUACAAUGGAAAUCGUUGCCUUUGUCAAAAAGACUACACAGGCUACUAUUGUCAGACGCCCAUCUGUAAUCCCCCAUGUCAAAACAACGGCAUGUGUGCUCGCCCGGGCACCUGCUACUGCCCUUUUGGGUAUUACGGCCCAACAUGUGAAAGAACUAUGUGCUUUCGCAGAUGCAGAUACUUGUGUCAGCUGAAUUUUAAAAGAUCUACAUGUUGGACAUAUUGUCAAAAUGGUGGACGUUGUGUGUUUAAUUCGUGUUUGUGCUCAAGAGGUUGGACGGGUAUUCAUUGUCAAAUACCAAAAUGUGAAAUUGGUUGUAUGAACGGAGGAACAUGUGUGGGAACAAAUCAGUGCCGAUGUCAAGCCGGGUACUGGGGCUCAUAUUGUCAACAUGCAUUGUGUUGGCCAAGAUGUCGUUAUGGAGGCCAAUGCAUAAAACCAAAUGAAUGUAAAUGCCAACCUAACUAUUCUGGUCGAUACUGUCAGAUCAUAAGAUCAUCAAGUCGACCAUCAUGAUAAAUUUGGUGCAAAUCUUUACUCGGUAUGCGGGGAUUUAUUAUAAUGUACUCAUUUUUUUCUUGUUGGACUUUUUUAUGUUUAUAUUGGAGUAUUUUAUUGUGAAGAGAGAGAGAGAGAGAGAGA